CUCAAAGGUUCGAAUUCGAAGCUUGGGGAGAACGAGAGAUCCCCCGAGAUCGGGAUGGAGAACGCGAGAGAGGCUCGCCGGCGGAAGAUCCUGGAGCGUGGAUCCGACCGCCUCGCCCUUAUCACAGGCCAAGGGAGAUCUGUUCCCGAUUCCUCCCCACCACCUCCUCCUUCUCCUCUUACUAAGGAAGAUGAUCCGCGGACCUCCAUUUCUCCUUUCAGUGGGUAUGAUGCAACUAGUUCUCACUUUUCUAACCAGUAUGGAAGCAACAAAGACACCAGUGGAACAGCUGCAGAAAUAGCAGGAGGUGAGAGAAGCAAUGGAAUUUCUAGAACUCGGGCAUGCAAUGAAAUAGUUGGUGGUAAGGAAGAUGAGAUUAACAUAUGUGAAUCACGGAAUGUGGCUGAAGUAAAGACUCACCAAAAAGAUAGGGAUUCAAAACUGCUGAACCCGCCUGUGCCCCAGAAGUCAUCUGAUCAAGUUGUGGACACCGUUGAAUCUCAAGCAAGGGAGAAGAAGCAGAUCUUAUUCUCGUCAAAGCAAGUCAGUCGCUCCGUGUCAACUUCUGAAAAUACACGUUUGCUCUUUGCGGUUACCGUAGCUCUUAUGGUUAUCUUGUCAAAUCAUGGCUAUGCUCUUGGUGGUGCGGCAAGCAUUAUAAAUUUUAGACCACUGUUCCUUGUUAUGUUAAGUGAUAUUACCAUUGUUCUCGGACUGCUGAUGACAACGCAAGCACGAGUGGAGAAGGUAAAGGAAAAAGGGAGCAAGACCGGAAAAGAGGAGUAUGGUCCGGCAGCCAAUACCAAUACGGACGAUGCAUUGGAGGCAUUUUUGAUGUUCCAGAAAGUAGCAAGGGCCGUCUUCAUGGAUUGUAGCAUCUGUGCUGCCAUCAUGAUCUCUGGUCUCUGCAUCUAAGUUACUUCUCUUGGUUGCUUGGUCCGAUAGUCAAGCUCACAUAAUCAAACUCAUGGUUUCUACCAUGGGCAUGUGGAUGAUCUGAUCUAGAAUCGGCAAGGAUGGUUAACUAUCUGGGCCUUCUACUCGUCAUCCAUUUUUAGCAUUACUUUGUAAAGAGUUGCAGGUACCUUUCUUUCUCA